GAAGGCAGACGUAAAGUGGUACAUUUUAGCGUAUUGCUGGAGUGCAAACAAUAAAUCAAAACUCGUGUGCUUCUGCAGUAACGUCGGUGUAGAAUGUCGCUCUUCGGCAUGAUGAAUGAUUUGGAGGAGGAUCCUAUUUUUGGCCAUCAUAUGCGCUCGAUGCGCCACAUGAGCAACAUGCUCAACUCGCUGUUUCCCGACCCAUUCGGGAUGCUGGGCGGCGUAGGUGGCGGUGGAAUGGAAAGCAUCGCCGCCGGUCCCGCGUUCGGGAUGCGCCACAACGCGCUGAUGCCCUUCAUGCAGCCAAACAUGAACCGGCUGCUGAGCAUCGGUGGUCCUUCCGACGCAGCCUCGUUCUCCAGCAGCAGCGUCAUUUCGAUGACAUCCGGACCAAACGGUCCGCAGGUGUAUCAGGCCACGUCGAGCACUCGCACCGGUCCGGGUGGUAUUAAGGAGACGCGCAACACGGUACAGGAUAGCCGCACGGGCACGAAGAAAAUGGCGAUCGGGCAUCACAUCGGCGAUCGGGCGCACAUAAUCGAGCGGGAGCAAAACAUGAGCACCGGACAGCAAGAGGAGCGCCAGGAUUUUAUCAAUCUGGACGACGAGGAAGCGGAGGACUUUGAUCGCGAGUUCCAGAACAAAGCACGCACCGUCAUGCACAUGCCAGGAGGUGGCCGCCGUUCGGAACAGUUGGCGCUGCCGUCGACUCAGCCAGCCCAGUCGCAGCGAAUUCUGUCGAUUACCGAGGUACCGGACGAUGGUUGCGAAAUCUGUGGCAAUCCCAGCGACACGCCAACGUGCAAUGCCUGCAGCAGCAACAGGGGCAACAGUAACCAGAGCAACGGCCACCUCGAACAGCAACACCAGCAGCUACAGUCGCCCCAAUCGCAGCAACCGCAGCAGCUGGCGUCGAAAGGUGGAAGGACCAACAGAAACAGUAUUGGCCAGCCCGGGUCCGGGUCCGGUUACGGUACCGGUGGUCCCAUCUCGGCCCGGCGAUCGAUCCGAUCGCCUGUCUCGUCACCGUUGAGCAUGGCAUCGCCCGUCGGUGGCACACAGCAUCACAUUACUACAAGCGUGCAUCCGCACCCGUACAAUGCGACCGGCAGGAGAUCUCGGCCGCUGAAGGGUCCCUCUUCGUCCAACACGCACUAUCAGUAAUCGCGAUGACUACUACGCAUCGAUAGCAGACGGAACUACAGUAGGAUCGACAUACGGUGCAUAAACAAGCUACGGUCUCACGCAGCAUUAUCUAAACUUCAGGAUACCGAAGUAGGAGACAGAUACGGAUAAGGAGCAGCACAUAAACCUACUGUUUCGAGGAUACUGAUGGAAGUAACCGAAAAAAAUCCCCUUGGAUUGCAGCCCCGCGGGAGAGGAGGAGGCUUCAAUCCAACAACACAUCUAAAAUAAUACACAUACUAUAAUCUAAUAUCUAACUGAUGUAGCAUCUCUAGCUCUAAGUUGUAUUUUAUCGCAUGGGUCAAUCGUAAACGUAAAUGUUUUCUUUUUGAAUGCCUUAUUUAUUAAAUGUGCACACAACAGCAGCAGUAGUAGCGUUAGCGGUUGUACGAACCGCGUACGAAAGUUAGCUAGCUUGAUGUGUGCACGAGCUUAGAAGAAAAGGCGCGAAUGAGUUAAAAUUGAUCGUUUUGAUUAACAAAAAAGAAUGGUUAUGGCGUUAUCGGGUAGUGACCAAACCGCAACGUGACCACCGCAGAGACGGUAACGGCGAUAAACGCUGGCUGAAGCAUGGUUCGAUCAAAACGCGGCCCAACCAUCGGUACAGGAUGUCUCGACGACACGCCUGUGGCACGUUAACUACAUGUUCUGUUUAUGUGAGCGAAGGGUUUUUUUUAUUUUAUUACUAUUAUUAGCGGUUCUCUAUAAUAAACCAAAUUAUGUUCUAUCGUUAAGCUAAUGAGAAUAGAGCUCUCAUGUUCAUUGCGUGAGGCUUAAUCGUGAGGUUGAGAAAGGAGCAGGCGCAAGUGGUGCUCUCUUAUCUGGCCUACACUGAUAAACCCGUAAGACAGUUUGUUGCGCGCUGCUGGAAGAUUUAAGGCAAGGAUUGAGUCUGCUCUCAACACUUUUAAAGACA